GGUAGCCAGGGCAGCCAAUCGCUGCGGGCCGCCGGCCUGGGAAACCCCGGCGCGCGCCCGUCAACGUCAUCCGACAGAACGUUGCAACCAAAGAGACUAGAACUCUACGACAGUGUUUGGAACGCGGAGACAAUGCGAGGGGCGGGGCCAGGCGAGCGGGGCGGAAGUGUAGUGGUGGACAUGGCUGGUCCAGAGUUGCAGCUGGGUGUCGGAUGGGCUGGUUUUGAAAACUCAAUCGAAAGCAUCAGUAAAUUGCCCCAAGAUUUAUUUGCAGAGGUGUGCCAGCAGAUCAUGUUAUACCUGCAAUGCAAAACUCCUGGCGUGAAUACACUUGAAUUGGCUGAAAGACUUCAAAAUGCUGGUGUUGAACUGGAUGCGGAAGCUACUAAGGAGAUAGUUCAUGUUAUCUCCUUGAUUUUCAGUAGGGCGGCUGCACAGAGCUGUAUGUCAGCUGAGGAACUCGUUACAAAGCUGGCAGGCAGCAGCAGUAAGUGGUCUAAGCAAGCACUUCAAGCCAUCCGUCAUGUGUGGAAUGAACAGGGCAAACUCGUGGUGACUGCAGAAGAUGCUAAGCACAUGUUAACAGUAGGACAGCUUGUGGACUUGCAAUGGAAACUUGGAAUGGCGAUGAGUUCUGAUGGCUGCAGGUCUCUGAAUUACCUGUAUGUGACCAUGGUGCUGAAAGUAGCCAAUCCCUCGGGUGACAUAAUCAGGAGGUCGUUUGAAAUGACCAUCCCUCAGUUUCAGAACUUCUCCAAGCAGUUCCGGGAGCUGGCAGCUGUCCUUGAAAUGGUCUGAUGUUGUUUGUGUUCUGACAUCCUCUAUCUCCGAGCCCUGGUCUGGCUUCACAGAUGGAUUUCUACGAGAGCGAAGAAAAUGCUGUAUGCAGCUGUUGAUGUACAUGCUGGAUUACUUUUUUUCCUUUUUCCGCCCAUAAUGUCACAGUUGUUGGACAAAUGCACAUUUUUGGUUCAUUAAUGAAUGCACUGUGUAGGCAGAGCAGAACGACGUGCCCAAAUAUAAAACAAAAUACAUUGAAACCCGAAUUUAUAAUUGGAUUGGUGGAACAGGAGGAAUGGAGGUUGGCUAUUGACAAAGGGUCUAUAUGAUAGAGACACCAUUUAUUUUGCCCCUUGUGUGAAUCCAAAUCUAUCUCAUCCUAAAACCAAUGUACACCACUUCUAAUGACUCAUGGAACAAGUUAACAGAGUUCUGGCAAUCCAAUUGAAACCUUUGCUAGUUGACAAUGUUACGGAAGGCUCAGUAACUAGGAUUACUAGAGGGCAGUAUCCUGCCUGUGUCAUCUUGUAAGUGGAUUGACAAAAGGAAGAGCUAUCCAUCAGUUAAUCGGGCAACUUUGCGUCAUUACUUGGUGCUACAGGAUUCCGGUUCCUUGGGCUAAUAUCUCUUCAGGACUUAUUGAACAGAGAUACAAGGUAUUACUUGUAGCAUAUACAUUUGUAUACACUGCUAUGCUUGGUUUAUGUAUGUAAUCAGUGUUUAUUUGGAUGGUGAUCUUCUGAAUGCGGUUCUACCCCGACACAAGGGGUGUGCUAAUGAAGUGGUAAUGAAAUGGAUGCGGUGAUAAUAACAUUGAUUCUUGUGAACUGAUUGCAAGUUUCGGUUUCAGGGGUACUGCCUCUUGAGGCUACUCCGUCCAUGUUUCAGCACUUGACUACCUUCGCACUGAACCUUGCACACAUUGUGUGAAUCAAUCAGUAGUGUGUGUGUGUCAGUAACCAAACAAUGUCCAUUAGAAGUUACAGCAAUAUUAAUAUUAAGAAUUAGCAGUGCCUCUGGAAAGUUUCACACUUCCUGUUUAGUUCAGAAAACUCCACUGAAGAAAGCUGUAUUCAUUUCAAGACAAUUUCCUGUCGUGGAUUGUAUUUUUUUUUAAUUUAUCUGCAGAUGAUGAAAAUGUUGAUUUGUUUUUGUAUAUGUAAUGCUAUGAUCAGGGGGAUGUAAUCUUUUGCUGAUGAAGGAUAGUUGAAAAUACAUCUACUUAAGUGGUAUAGACAUUUCCUUUUUCAGCAGUUAUUGUUUUGGAAUAUCAGCAGUCCAUUUAAUCCUUUCCCUUAAAGUUGUUGCAAAGUCACCAGCAUUUCCUGCCACUGUGUCCUGGUGAAAUUGUGGAAAAAAACCCCAAUGAAUUACCAUACUCAUUUGAUUCCUUGUAAGUAAUAAACAUAAAUUUGCAAACUACAGAA